GUCGUAUACAAUUUGAAAAACAACGUGCCAAAGAAGAAGAAGCUGAACGUAGGAUUCAAGAGGAACGUGAUAAGUUGGCUCGCGAAAUGGCUGCUGAAGGUGAUCGUGAGAAAGAGCGUGAUGUAUGGCGUCCACAUGGCGAGCGUGCCGAACGGGGUACAGGUGCUUCCGACUGGCGUCGCGGUGGUGCACAUGCUGAACGUGAGCGACCUACCGAGCGUAACGUUGAACGUAACGUUGAGCGUAAUGAACGUAAAGAAGCUGAUACUGGUGGUGAUUCUUGGCGUUCUCGUCGUGAUCCUGAUUCUGCUCCUAAUAGGGGACAAGCUCCUGCUGGUCGGGAUACGGACAAAUGGCGAUUUGGUGGUGACGAUGAACGACCACGUGGUGGGGACUUCCGACGUGGAUUGGGUGAUCGCGAUGUUCGUCGCGAUGGACGACGCGAUGAUCGUCGUGAUGAUCGACGUGGUGAUGACCGCCGCGAAGAACGGCAAAAUGAUCGUCGCGAUGACCGGAGGGAUGAUCGCCGUGAUGAACGUCGAGAUGAUCGUAGAGGCGAGGAUCGUAGAGGAGAUGAUCGUCGUGAUGAUCGUAGAGGAGAUGAUCGCCGUGAGGAUAGACGAGACGAUCGUCGAGAUCAAAUGGACAAUUGGCGUGAAGCGCCAAGAAACGCAGAACGUGGAGAUAAUCGACGAUUGGGUGGAGGAACAGCAAAAGAUUCUAGUAGCUGGCGGUCGUCUGGACGUAAUGAAAAAGAAAGACCUCCAGCAAGAAGGGAACAACAACAAGAAAAAGAAAAUAAAAAUACUGAUGAUGGUGAAUGGACUAGAGUUAAACGUCAUUAGAGAUUACAUUUGCUCCUAUUUAUAAUAUAUUUCAUACUUUAGCGGCCUAUUAACUCCAGCAGAAUUUUUACCUGAUUCACUUAUUACUAACUUAUCAGUAAUGUAUUUAAACAUAUAU